AUGGCCGCCGGCUCCAUCGUGGUGGACUUCCCCUCCAUGGGCGCCGCCCUCUGCUUCCCCAGCCUCGAGUCACUCCUCCGCGACUCCGCUUCGGGCUUCCUCGCCGCCGUCUCCGCUGCCCCGGCCCCCGGCGCCGCCGACCUCACCAACUUCCACCGCGUCUUCUCGCGCGUCCUCAGCGCCUACCCGGACCCGCCGCUCGAGGCCGUCUGGUUCUUCUCCGCUCUCUCCUUCCACGACCGCCCCGACGACCUCCGCUCCCUGCUCCAGCUCCUUUCCGCCUUCACCGCCUCCUCGCCAGGCGUCGCCAAGCCGCUCGCCCUCCUCGCCCCCGUUGUCUCCGAGCUCUUCCACUCCGACAAGCCGCGCAGGGAGACCGAGGCCCUCGUCGAGGCCGUCCUCAGCUACAUCAGCAUCUGCAGCAGCCGCCCCGCCCCCUCUUCGGCCGAGGGGGCGACCGCCGACGCUGUGAGGCUGCUGCCGGCCUUCGGCGAGCUCGUCAAGGUGUGGAGCGUGCGGCACUCGAGGGAGAGGUGCCCGUUCCAGGUGCUGUUCCCGCUCGCUGGGGACGAGGCCAGGCGGGAGCUCAUGAAGGAAGGCUGCAGCGUUGACUACCUCGCUGGGGUGGUGCUGGCUGAGGCGUUCCUCCUCAGGCUCUGCCUCAAGGUGCAGAAUGCAACAGGGGUGCCUCGCUCUGAGCUGCAGAAGGAGCUCAAGAUCUGGGCAGUCAGCUCCAUCCCGGUCUUCCAGAACCACCAAUUCUUCGGGGUCCUGCUGAACAUGCUCUUGAACUCUCCGCUGCCUGUUUACUCUCUAGUGAGUGCUGAUGAUGAAAUCUUGUUGAGAGAUGUCCUUUAUGAUUCUCUUAUCCUGGUGGAUUAUUCUUUCAUUAACAAUGGUGCUGGAGUUGAUCUCUUGCCUAUAUAUGUGUCGAGAUUGGUUAUCACCCUUGAUGCUGUCAAUGAUGCCAGGAGGAAAGGUGAUCAAGGGAGAGCAUUGUCGUUUAUCAACGCUUUCUCAACCUCAAAUGUUCCCAUUUUUCUCAUCAAGUGGGCUACUUCUCAAGCUAGUUCUGGUGCACUCAGCAAACCAAUUGCCAAUACACCCCAAGCUAUUCUCAAGUGGCUUGUCGACCUUGAAGAUAAGGGGCUCAAAGUGUUUGGAGAUUACAGUUCUUGGAUUAUGGGGAGGUUUGCUUAUGAUGAGGUCAAGAAUGGAUAUGGGAACAUGAUUCAUUCAGAUGCGGACCUUUUCUUUGUUGAUAAACAGAGUGGUAGGGAGUUUAUGGACGCCAAAGGUAGUGAGGAUGAAGCUGUGGAGAAGAUGGAGACUGCAGGCAAUGCUUUUAUGGCUGCUGCCCAGUCAAUGAAGGGGGUAACUAACGGCAUAAGGAAGAGGAAGAGCUGCGGAAAUGAAGAUGCAGCGGCUGUGAAGUUUGUGAAGUACAAGGUAGAAGACAGCUCAGUGAAGGACUACCUGUCAGCAGCUAAUGGCAUGAGCAGUGGCAGUGAGGUAGAGAACCCGCAGUCAGAUGAUGAGAUGGAAGAAUCAGACUGA